GAUGCAUUGAGUCUAUUGCCUGCAUCAGUAGGCAGGCAGGAGAAAAAGGCUGACCCACUCCAUUAGUCAUUUCUCCACUCAGUCACCCCUCCAACCACCCUGAGGCCUUACUCAACGCCUUAGACACAAAAAUCUUACACACGGCAACUCACUGGCUACACAACACACUUGUCUGUGUGUGUGUGGUGUCGGCCCAGUUGACCGACCGGUCAUCGCCUGACUUUGAUGGUGAGGUACUCCCGCUCGGAAGGAGCGAACCAGUCAAACUCAUUGGGCCUCUUGAUGGACAGCAACACACCCAUACCAAUUCGCCACACGGUCUCAUUGAUACGCCUGCACAUAACACACCGGCACAGACACACAGACACACAUCCCUUCUCCGGUCGGUUGCGGUGCAUCCAUCGGAUCACUGAUAUCUGGCGGCACUCUCGGGGUUCUUCUGGGACAUCUCAUACUGGUACAAAGCCGACAUGCACCGCUUCUCACACUCCUUUGCCAGCACCUCCACCAAAUCCUGCCUCAUCAUCACGCCGACCUUGGCCGCCUCCUCCCUGGCCUUGUCGGCGACGCGCUCCCUCAGCUUCGCGUACACCUGCUGCCACUUGCGAUCGGUGUUGCGGUUUUCGAUUUUGGCUGCCUUUUUCUCGCUGUAAGAUGGCGAGGCCGUUCGUGUGGAUGAGCCGGCUGCUGCAGCGCUUUGGCUCUGGGUGGUUUGGGUGGAGGCCGCUGAGAGGCGGGCCUCUGGACACAAAGAGUAUACCAUACAGGGAGUGUACACAUGUGUAUCAGUGCGUGUGUAGAGGGAGAAGCUAAGCUACUCUUCGGUGGCGACUCGUCGGCUGCAGGAACGACCAAGCAAGCGGCAUUGUGGAACAGACAAGCACGAAGGGAGCGCAGGCAAAGAUGGCAUGUGUGCAGUGAUCCACUUUUUGCGUGCGUACCCUGCCGCCUUGUCAUGCCAACGCCCACCUCCUCCCGGAUCGCUUUGAACUCCCUGAAAGAUCCAACGCAAACACAGAGAGCAAUACACGCCUCUCCCUCCCUCAAUCGCCCCCCCGCUCUCUAGCUCACUCGGUCAACAGGUGAGCCGCCCACUCCUCCAAACCGCCCGGCCCCGCCCCGCCCCCGCCCUCAGCAAUCCGGCAGAUGUCGGGAUCGGCCCGGAGGAUGAAAAACUGCUGUGUGUCGAGAUUCGAGAAGUCGCUCCUCGUCCAGGGGAGGUACUUGUGACGCCACUCACUGGCCCGGUGCUGGCCGAUGUGCUUCCACAGCUGAGAGAGCACUGAGCCAUUGUCGAGGGGUCGGCCUUUGCCUUUGCCUCGCCAGAUGGGCCGGCCGCUGUAGGGGCCGACUCUGUACUCGUGGCAGAGAGAGAGAGAGAGAGAGAGAGGUGGAUGUGUGGGCGUCUUUUCUGGUGUGGAUGGAUGGAUGGUUGCGUACAGGUCGUCGACUUUCUUCAUGUCGGCCUGGAAGCCCGUCUUGGAGCUAUCCAUCGCCUGCACACACACACAGCCCAUACACACACACACACGUGUGCCAGACAGGCCACGCAGGGGCUUCCCUACCAGCGCACAAAGCUGGCCGAGCAUCCUGGUCGUGGGGUCGCUCAUGCCUUUCUUCUCCAACAGCACAAACCACUGGUAAGACAGCAGCCCCACCUGGCUGCCGCCACGCCUCGCAUGCGCCUCGUCCAGCAGACACUCGUGCAGCACCUGGCCCAACGUCAGACGCCCAGGCUGACCUAGGGUGGGGUCGUUCUGCACCAGCUGAUGAGCCUUCCUCUCCAGGCGAUCUUUCACCCUAGCAGACAGAGACAGACACACACAAAGCGGGUGACUUCAUGUUGGGUGUUGUUGUAUUUUUGUCUGGUGUGGUUACGAUUCGGGUUUGUCGCCUCCAUUGGGGGUGUAGUAGUUGCGCGCCAGCCCAGCGGCAUAGGGGUCGAAAGGCCUGCAAAUUAAGCCCACAGGAAAUACAGCGCACGGAUGACCACCUCACGUGCACGGUGCUUGUGCAUCAUUUCCUACUUACGGGUGGUUGUGCCGGUCGUUGCUGCCUCUCUGGACGAUGGGCGCGACAAUGUCCUGGUUCCAGCACACCCACGCCUCAUCGCCGUCAUAGUCGCCCCCGCCCAUCAGGUCAGCCGGGCUCCGCUCGAGCGAUUCAUGUGCAGAAAGCACCAGCAAUCCCGCGUAGCUGCGCGUCCGCUCGGUGAGCGGCACGUCAUCGAGCGUCGACACGGCGUUCAGCAACUGGGGGUCACACAGAACACACCGAGACAGAUGUUGUGUCCGUCGUCUUGUUUGGCGGAUGUGUGUGUGUGUGUGUGUGUGUGUGUGGCGCACCAGCAGCUCCUCUGGCUGCCGGACAGGGUUUCUGCAGGCCACCACAUGGCCGACAAAGGGCCGGCCGCCCACCAGCACGUAACACUCAUUGGCCUGCAGCCUUCGCGUGUAGUCAGGCACCUGAAGACACACCACGGAGUGGUGUGGUGUGGUGUGUUGUCUGCGAUGUGUCGCGAGUGUUUGGUGGCCGGGCCGACCAUGAUGAAUCGAGCAGACGAGGGACACCUGAUGUGCAUUUUGUCGCGCAGCCUGUCGAGGGCACACUUGGCCACCUGGUGCACCAUCUCCAUCAGAUAAGGCUCAUCUACACCCACACCCACACACACACACACACAUACAGAGAGAGAGAGAGAGAGAUGGAUCAAGGGAGGGAGCGAGGGAGGGAGGGGUGAUGUCUCACUGACUCAUGGUGAUGCCUGCCUUGAGCAACUGCGCCACUCUCCCGUAGAGCCCCGCCUGCUUGUCGUCCGUGUUGGUGCUAAUCACACGACGAUAGAGCUCCUGCCGGCCCUCGGGCUUGUACAAAGCCUCUAUGCUCGCUAUCUGACACAGACAGACACACAUAUGCACGACACACACAUUCUGUGCUGAUUGAUGACGGGGAGGGGAGAGGUGGUGGUGGGAUGCUCACUUCAGGGUCUACAAGUCGCUUGAACACCUCCACGGGCACGCCCCGCUCCCAGAGCACCCAUACGACCUCCACUGACAGCGAGGCGCCCUCGGUCGUGUCGAGAUAUGACUCUCGCAGCAGCUCCUCCAUCGUAGGGCCAACCUUGCACACCUGACAGACACAUAAAGCACUCAUCCAUCCAUCCAUCCAUCCAUCUGUGUGUGUAUGUGUGUGUGUCGACUGUGCCUGUCUGCACGUCAGCAUGGCAGCAUCUUACCUCUAUGUGUGUGUGCGCCUUGUCUAGGGUCAGCUCCGGCUGUGAGACGGCGCCUCUGAGUCUGAGGACCUCUUUGAGCCCCAGGUCGUACUUGAGCUGGUUGUCGGUCAAAAUUUCCAUGACGUUGUCCAUGCUGCCGUCAACCGCCAACACACCCUUGGCAGCACGGUACCGAAACUGACACACACCCACACAUGGAAGGAUGGAUGGAGGGAGGGAGGGAGGGGUGUCUUGCCUGUAUGUAAGAUGGCAGCUGCUCAACGUGUGUGCAGCAUCGGUCGAUGUGGUCUUUGAUCUGCUCGUCCGACAGCUGGGGGUGCUGCCGCCAAUACCAGAAACGAUACAACUCACGGGCCAUACCAACACCCAAACCUACACACACACACACACACACACAGCCUCCCUCUCUCACUCAGCCCCUCCCGCCGUACGUGAGCAUCCAUCCGAGAGGCUCGUCUGGCCAUCCGCCCCCCUGAUGUCCUCCGUCAAUCGCACCCGCGGCAGGCCACUCCCACUGUCCCACAGCGGCGCCACCUCUGACGUCUCAACGGUGCCCGAGAGGAGCAGUGCGAACCGCGCCAGGAACUUGGGCCAGGCCAUGGCCAUGUUGGCCCCGCCGGCUGCCUGGACGAUCAUGGCCCUCUGCUGGGCGUUGAGGUUGGCCUGGUCUAGAAGGGGAGGCGGGGAUGGCAGAUGGGGGUGGUAGAGGGGGCUGCAGGAAGGACACGACAGACACAUGAGGUGUGUGUGUGGCGGUGGUGUGCGAGUGGUUAUUGGAUAUAGGUACAUGUGCCAGUGGCGCAGCUGGUCGACCGUCACGUGAGGGGCACCUAAUGGACGAGGCACGAAGGGAAAGAGGGAUCCGCCAAUUCGUUGGUGAAAGUAAGACUUACCGGCGACCUCCUCUGCGAAAUAGAUGGCCUUGCACGAGUUGUUCCUGUCAUUCUGACACACACAUACGCACACACACACACACAUGAGUGCAGCCAUGGGUGCCCAGCUGAUUGAUUGACUGACAGACUCACCUUGUCGGAUCUGGGCAUGAAGAAUCGAUAGGUCCUGCCGGCGAGCACGAAGCUCUCGAUGGGCUCGCCGUCCAUCCGCUCGUCGUCCUCGGCCAUCCCGCUGCUGGUGAACAGAAACCGGUCGCACCCCCACCGCCGAAACGCUCGGUUGCUCUUGCUAGACACCUGCACACAUCACAUCGGUUCCACCAUUGCAGACAUAAUGCAUAUCACCAUUGUGUGUGUGUGUGUGUGUGUCAUGCCAGGCCGACCUGUGACUUGAUGUCGUCCAGACACACAAUAACGCCGCCGCCGCCGGUGUCCUCCUCCCCUCCGACUCCUCUGCGGAUGAACACCUUGAACUUUGUAUUCUCGGCUCUUGACAUAUCCUCGUCAGAUGAACAGUUCGUCGGUGGUGGCUGAGGUGCCUGCCGCAGCUCGUCCUCAGGGAUGGGUGUGCCGCAGCCGUGCUUGCCGACCAUGGCCUGCAUGUGUUGCAGGAAGGCCAGCAGCCGGCGCUCGCGGCAGUGGGAGAUAUUGCCGUGUGAGGGUCGGGCUGACCGCCUCGAGGAGCGGGAGGGGGAGAUCCCCUCCAUCGGCACGGGACUCUCACUCAUUCACUUAGCACAGGGAGCCGGGAUGUAUUCCUGGCAAGUGUUCCUGUGC